AUGUGGAACCACAUACCAAAUUAUGUCUUGAAAGGUAUUCAUUCUGUAUCUCAGCCCGAUGUAAGAUAUUUCAGUCACUCACCGUGGAGGACUCGUCUCUUGCCCAAGUUGGUGCCACGUGAUUCUCUAAGGAUCUGUCACGAUCUUGCAUUGGUGCGGAGAGAGGUUUCUGGUCGGUCCGCAUCUGGUGAUGAUUCUUACUGUGAAGUCCGAUUCGAGAACUUGAAAUUAAUUUACACUACAGUCUUGAAAUGA